GUACAGCAAUGGCGGCGGCGCAACGACGAUCAUCUCUUCGGGACCUUUUGCCGGGAGGACACAAGGCGGCGGUGACCGGUCGCAGAUCUACGGGUCCAGCAUGUAUGGUAGCGGCUAUCCUGGGUACUACACGGGGCACAGCAUCGCGGAACGCGGUUUCCCUUUCUUCUUCUGGCCGCUCGUCAUUGGCGCUGGUGUCGGCUACGAGUCGGCGCAUUACAUCGACGAGGUCCAGAAAGAGUUCGGCUCGCCGGAUAACUCGUCUCGCCCGGGCGGUGCGGAGACCACGGUCUCGUUCGCGUCUGCUUCGGGGAACACCACACUUUGGGUGGUCGCGGACAACACAACGACCACGUCGCUUAUCGACGAGAUUUACUCCAAGUGUGCUUCGUCGCUUUCCAACUCGACGUCUCGGACGGUGAUGGCGUACAGCGACAACCCGCGUGCCGAGUCUGUUGUGCAGUACUACCGCGCUUCAACCGUGGCGCUGGCGCUGGACGGGUACAAUAACACCGCCGCGCUGUCCAACGACGACAAUGCCACGGCGACUCCACUGCCGGAGUGGCGCGACACGAACAUGUUGAGCUGUGUGAACAACACUAUUGGCGCGGCCGUGCCCCUGGUGAACGCAGCCGGAGGACACCGUGCGAUGGCAUUGAUGAGCACGCCUGCGCCGCUUAGUGCUGCAGUGGCGAUGACCUGGGUUCUAGUCUCCCUCGUUUAGCCGUGGGUCCGAUGAUCAAGGUCUUCAUUCACCUUCACUCACGACCGCAUUGGUAAUCCUACUGACGACCUUACGAUGGCUUCAUCUAUCUCUUGUCAUUGUUCCUAAAUCAAAAAAUC